AUGGGGAGGCGCGGAGGAGACACCGGAAGUAGCUGUGGUACGGGUGGGACUGAGGGGUACUCACCGCCGGCAGCCUCCACCCGCGCGGCAGUCAGAGCUCAGGCCCGUGGGGGUGGGCGUGGCGGUCGCCGGAACACAACUCCGACUGUUCGCUGUCGGCGCGGGGCGGCGCCGCGUCGCUCGCCUUCACCAGCUGCCAUGAGCGAGCGCCUCCGCCCCAGAAAAAGGAGAAGAAAUGGCAGUGAUGAUGACAACCACCCUCCUCCACAGACCAAAAGGAGCAGUAGGAACCCCAUCUUCCAGGACUCCUGGGACACAGAGGUAAUAGUUGGCCACUCCCGGAAAUCACUUGUGGCAUUGACUCACCUGCAGCUGCUACACUGGAUCACAGGCUUUGUUGUCGGAAAGCUGGAGGAAGGUCAGAAGAAGGCAUUGGAAUCCUUGGAACCGGAGUUUGAAUGGUUUCGAGCCACCAUGGAGAUGCAGGGAACUGGACCUUGGUCCUCUGUGAGAGUAACUAGUACUUUUACCUUCCGAGCGCCUCCAGCUGUCUCUUCUAGAGGAUGCACUGAGACUGUCUUCAAGCAGUGACAGCGGUGGGAGCAGCAGCAGCAGCAUCAACAGCCCAGACAGGGCCAGUGGGCCAGAGAGCAGCCUGAGCCACAUCAUCCCUGGAUCCUGCCCCAGUACCCCCCAGCCGAUGCCCGAGCAGUCUGCACUGUGCCAAGGCCCUUACUUCCACAUCAAUCAGACCCUGAAGGAGGCUCACUUUCACAGCCUACAGCACCGAGGCCGGCCUCCGACAUGAUGCUCCGGCAGUUUCUUGCCUUCUGUGAAGGGACAGCACUGUGCAGAUUGGAUAUUUCAACUUAAUGAUUUGUUUUUAAAAGUUGCACACACACACAAAAAACUGCCUGUUGGCUUUCAGUCUAUAUUUGAGUACCGGGUCAGCAGGCGCUGUUUACUUGGGUUUUGCUGCACUAUUGCGAUUUCAGAGGGGCUUGGGAGCAAUUUUUUAUAGGAUUCUUUUGAGAGAGGGCAUCAGAUCCACGUCAUGGCAGUGUAUGAGGAAGUCUCAUCUGACUGAUUUCCACAUCUGUCACUUAGAUGCUAUACUGUAUGUAAAAGAGCCUCUUAAAAAAUGUGGGAUCUUAACUUUUUUAAUUCAAUAAACUAGUAAAGAAUAUCUAGUUUCCAUGAAAAAAAAAUGUAAGUUUCUCCCUAAAUGUAGGAAGCUUGGCUCAGUGUUGCACUGAAGUUAACUGCCAUACUACCUCUUAGUAUGUAGAUGUCUGUGGAAAUGCUCUCCCUUGAAACAGAAGAGUUGCCCACUCUGAAGACCAUGGAAGUUAAGCCCCUUUCCUAGUUGUGGUCUUUGUUUUAUAUUUGAAUUUCCGGGGAGAAUAUCACUUCCAUAUCUAUUUUUUUCUGGUCUGUAGCCUAGACGCUAUAGAGAACAUUGUGCAGUUCUCAAAGUCAAGAAAUACCUAGUAACUGUCUUACGAACUUGUGUAUUAACAGCUUAACUGCUAGCUCCUUGCAGUGCCCAUGACCAAGGCAGCGGUCAGUGCAGAUCAAGUGCAAGCUGCCCGACAGCUGGAGGGAGAGAGGUUUAACUCAUGCCUGCGGGUACCCGGCCCUGCUAGGGGUCGCCGCAUUCUUAUCAUUGGAGCUGGAGAGAUUGGUGUGGUGUAGAAACCUGAGCAAAGGCACCGCUAGGACAAACAGUGCGGUAGGGUUUAUUUAGAGCCUGGGCGUUGUUCCAUGCUACUUGGUCAUACUAGAGAGCCAGGCGAGCUUGAACAAUGAAGGUGCAGGUGAGCCGUCUUCCUCACUUGCAAGCUGUCUGAAUAGAGAGCCAGGAUGCGCCGUUGGGUCACCUACUCUGGAGAGUGCCGGGGGGCCAACCUGCCGUUAGAAGAAGAGGAAGUGCCUUAAGCGUCCACCCAUAGCCUCCUGCCUGUCCCCUUCACUGCACCCCACUCAGAGGCCACACAGCACAGGCAACAGCGCUGAGGAGUGGGGAUGGCUCUAGAGAGGAGGAUCUGACAGGGACACACUGGACCAGAGCAGGUUACUAUGUGACACAGUUGCAGUGUGAAGGAGGCCCAUGCCAGGAGGGGAGUGAACAUGCAGUGCCUUCCAUGGCCUGCUCCUCUGAGGGCCACAGCAUGGAAGGGCUGGCCCCGUGACAUGGGAACUACUGUCAUGAAGCCCAGAGUUCAGAAAGUAGUUUUUUUUUUUCUUUCAGGACUGUUUUCCAGAUUUUAAAAACAGAUGUUUGCUGAGGACUCAGGAUCUUACUGGGUUUGUUGGCAAGGAAUGUGGGAAAGGAUACUUUACUGGAAUUCUAACAGUAAGGCAAACAGUGCUAUGAGAAGCGAAGCUGUCGCUGUCAAGCACACAUGUACACAACACAACCCAGAAAUACCCAGGAGGGCUCCGGCAGGCCUAAUGGAUGGCGUCCUACUGAAACAAAACAUGUAUUAAUAAAACAGUGUGUGAGGAAGCAUGUUUCUUCCCAUCUCCCACCCAAGUAAAGGCACAGGUGAGACCGUCUGAAGACAAAGGGUCUUCCCACGUUCUGAACACAGUGUUGGGGCACAGUCAUUCUUUCACCCCACAAAAUGCAAGAAGCCAUCUCUAUCGUGUGCUGUGCGGUUUUCACAGCCUGGGGUCUGGCUCUGGGUAGAUUUCUAUUUUGAGGUGUUUGCACGAGUCAAUGGGUAUCUUUCUAUGAGCUCAAGCUAGUGAACCCUGUCUUCUCUACUGCGCCGCCAUUAAAAGCAGCCUUAGUGCAUUGCUGUA